AUGGCGAGGCACCUCCCAAUACGUGUAACGCACCGCAGCAGCCCCGAUCACAGGUGCAUGGCCAUAUCCAGCGAUGGGAACACGAUAGCGCUCGCCGUCAAGAACGAAAUCGUUAUCUUCCCGACGUACUCGCCGUCGCUACCAAGCUACAAGCUGGUAUUCGACACAGAGCUACACAAGCUCAACGUACAGCUGCAACGAGGAGCGUGUGCUGAUCGGCAACAAUGUGCGCUUAUCAGCGAAUUUGGGUCCCCAAAGGAGCGCGCCAUUCAAAACAUUCGCGGGGUUGUUCACAUGGCAUUCCACGGAGAGGAAGAUGAAUACCUGAUUGCACUAGGCAAGAGCAACAUCGCCAUUUACGACCUCAUGGAAGAGGAGGCGAAUCCCAUAAUCACCGCGGGACUGCGAAGGGAACUCGACGAAAGUGCAAAGGUCUGCUUUUACCCGAUGAACCUGGAGAGGCGCACCGUCAAAAUCAACCUAUUCCCGGAGAAGGGGCUAUCGUGCUUCGAAUUCAUGAUCAGCGACGUUAAAAUGGAAAUCAACUACUAUAGGUUGGUCUUCUGCGAAACUGACAAAUGGUGGUACCACGAUUGCGGAGCAGCAGUUAACGUGCUCAGCAACAUUGAGCACCGAGGUGCGCAAACAUUGGUGGAACCAAUCCCCGUCAAACCGGAAAUAAAGCGAGUAAAAAUCGACACUGAUGAUGAUGAUGAAGAAGAAGACGAAGAAGACGAAGAAGAUUAUGAAGGUGAAGAAAAUGAAGAGGAGGAAGACGGCGCUGAUGAACGUGAAGAGGAGGACGAGGAGGAGGAGCGAGUGCACCAAGGGCACGGAGAUGAAGAGGAGGAGGAGGAGGAGGAAGAAGAAGAAGAAGAAGGGGACGAAGAUGAUGAAGAUGACCAUGAUGAUGAAGACCGGCAAGGAGAAGAAAGUGAAGAAAAGGAGGAGUACAUCAAAGAGCUGACUCAAACAACGAGGGCAAAACGGUUUACCCGAUCGCCACCAGUCGUAUUAGGCAGGGAAAACAUCUCUCUACAAAACUCCUCAGACGGUUAUUCCGAUGGCUUUUUCGCCGAGCAAUCAGAUGCGGUCUAUGCGGAUAACUACAAGCCUUUGAUCCGAAGUGCGGACGACAAGGAGAAUUUCGGCGCUUCUGAUGACAAUGCCGGCGAUUGUUAUGUGCAAGGGAACCCAAAUAACGUUCAUAGGAAUAGAUUCGAUUCGCCACGUGGGCGCGAGAAUCCGAAAAGUGCAGACCAGCAUGGAAACUAUGGGGAAGGGUUUGAGAAUGGGCCUUCCAGCAUUUACAACCAGAUGUCGCUGACUUACAGCGGUUCAAGUGAUAUGGAUAUUCAAAUCGAUGAGUUGGAGAUACGUGGAAGUGCAGACCAGCACAAGCAGGACUAUGACGAUGAGGAUGAUGACGAAUAUGAUAUGGAUAUAUCUGACGAUACAGACGAGAACUUCUAUAAUGCACAGAAGCACGCCAGAAGCAGUGGUGGCGCAGCAGAUACGGAUGACAACACGAUAGAUGAAGGUUCCUUAUCAGGAGAUGCGUACCAUGGCGAAAACGAAUCGGAUACAAACAUGGCCGACAUAAACGACGCGGGUGACCACAGUUCUGAAGAUGUGAGCGAUGACAUGUCCACGGCAACUCCGAGCAGGCGAAUUAGGAAUCUCGCUGAUGUAUCGCAAGGGUGGACUGCCGUAGGGCAACCGGACGGCACGCUGGAGAGUAGGGUGUCACUAGGCGAAACCCAAACCAGCGCCGGGAACGAAACUGGACUUGGAAAGGGCAAGGUAAUGGCGAAACACGUUACUCCAGCCCAACAUCCAGCUGAAGAAACGCCAUUCGCCGACCCGGAAGUUGAAGCAGAGCUGAGGGUAGAGCAGAGCCAGACGCCUGUGCCGCAUGCGGAUCCGGGCAAAACCAUAGUGGUGUUCAGCGUCCUACCGGCAUCAAUGACCAACGCAAAUGUGAACCGAAAGGUGGCCAGCGAAUACCCUGUCAUGGAGGACGAACAGCUACUGAACGAGGCGUUAGGAGAGACCAAUUCAGCCUUAGAGGGCAGGUGUAUCACUGUGAACUAUGGCAGGGUGUUUUUAAUGAUUGCCGCGCACGAGUUUGGAUACGUCGGGAUCUUCAGAAUAACCGUUGACUAUAAGACGAGUACGAUCAUGCCAGAAGGCCGAAUUCUGCAGGUGGUCAGCGGCCAACCCAGCGCUACACCCAUCUGUCGGAUACAACUCAUCUCCCCUAUUGCAGUAGAAAACAUCGCAUACAGCCAAGGGAUCCUUGGGGUCUUCGCCGUGCUCGGGGGAGACGCGUCUUUGGUUAUGCGUUGUGGUUUACCGGAAGUUACGUAUAACUUCGGUCACGCGGAAGUCCACAAUGGCGAGGUUACCAUAACGGCCAGCAUGGAUGAUGCUGUGACAGAUCUACAAACCGUCUUCAGACACCACGAGACGGCGAUGAACGCACUGCGGUACAAGGUGGGCGCAUUUGGAUAUUGCAGGGGCGAUUGCUUUUUCGUCACCAACUCGAGUUCGGGGCUUAAAAUAUUCGGCAUGGAGGCGGACGCUAGGGGCAGGUUUCUAAAGGUCGCCAUCAGGUGCUCGAAGCACUUCGGCUUUAACGACCUUGUAUGGAUUCCACACUCAAUGCGAGUUGCGCUGCUGGGCCGAGACGGGAGGAUGGCUAUACUGAGCCCGGAGCAGUCCACCGAGUGGGCUAAACUCGUGCCCAAUUUUAAGCGAAUCGAGAAAAAUGCGGAGUACGUCGAAAAGGAAUCCGAGUUCGACACGACACUUCCGACAGACGAGGAUGAGAUAAAUAGGGUGAUCGACUAUGACAAAGCUCACCACCGGGACAGGUACCCGUUCUUCUACAAGGCCUCAUAUGCUGUGUUCGGGUACCGGGGACCACCAACUGCGGGCAAACCCGACUUUGUCGGCAAGCCCAUAUUGCAUAACAAGGGUAUCAUUGACCAAUACAUCGAACGGCUCUGGUUGUGA